CCGGCCGGCGCGGACCCGGCGUCCCCCAUGGCUCGCAAGAGAGUGCGGCCGCGGCUCCUCGCCGAGCUGGCCCGGCGCGUGCGGGCCCUGCGGGAGCAGCGGGAGCGGCCGCGGGACUCGCAGCGCUUCGCCCUGGACUACGACACGCUGACGCGGCCGCACUCGGGGCGCCGGCUACCCGCGCGCGCCUGGCCCGACGUGCGCCGCGAGAGCACCCUGCCGCAGCUGCUCCGCCGCCUGCCGCUCUUCGGCCUGGGCCGCCUGGUGACGCGCAAGUCCUGGCUGUGGCGGCACGACGAGCCGUGCUACUGGCGCCUGACGCGCGUGCGGCCCGACUACACGGCGCAGGACCUGGAGCACGGGCGGGCCUGGGGCGUGCUGACCUUCCGAGGGCGCACUGAGGGCGAGCCCCGGGAGGUCGCGCAGGCCAUGUACCACGACUGGCGGCUGGUGCCCAAGCACGAAGAGGCGGCCUUCACCGCGCCCGCGUCCCCGCCGCCCCGGGACGCCCCGCGCCGCGUGCCCUACCCGCCGCUCCUGCGGGCCAUGAUUCUGGCCGAGCGGCGGAAACGCGGGGACGCGAGCAUCGCGGAGCCUAUGCUGAGCCUGGAGCGGGCCGAGCAGCCCUGGGACUACCCCGCCAGGCCGCAGGCGAAGAGCAAGGGCACGGCCGUGUAGCGGCCCGCGCGCCGGCCGACGCCCUGGGGUGACCGGAGGGCGCCUCUGCCGGCCGCUGGCUCAGCCCUGGGGGCGCGGCCCGGCGCCCACCCGGACACUGACUCCGGCGGCCGCCGCCGCCUGUGCCCCGAGCUGUGCGUGCAAAUAAAGGCGGCGCCUGCGUCCUGG